AUGUCGACAGAUUCUCGGGGGGGGCCAGGACGCCCCGCCCUGGGCUGGGAAAGCCUCAUCCCAAAAGCACCCACUGCCUGUUUCCCCCCCACCCCAGCCUGGCAGCAGGUAGAGCAGCAGCUGGAUGGCAGCCGGAGCGGGGAGAGCGCCUGCGGCCCCGUGCAGUACGUAGAGAAAACCCCCAACCCUGGACUCAAAAACUUUGUUCCCAUCGACCUGGAGGAGUGGUGGGCACAGCAAUUUCUGGCCAAAAUCGAAAACUGCUCAUAAAGGGGAAGAAAGGUU